UUUCCACAUCAUAAUCCACACCUAAUUAGAUUGUAAACGAUUACGAAUCGUCCUCUAAGUGCACAAUACAACUGUAGCCUAACUCUGCGUUGAAAAUAGCAAGCAUGUACACACCCCGAUACAUAGAGCUGUCACCAUUCCCCUAUAUGAACUUAGGAAGAUAUAAUAGCUCAACUCACCAUCUCUUCCAAGUUGACCUCUGAAUAAAAGAAAGAAAACAAAACAGAGUUGAAAGUUAGAGACAAAAUGGCCAACUUUUUCUUCCUCCUAUUAACCACUUGUUUAUUCUUGACUCACAUCUCAGGACAGACAAUUGCACCACCACCUCCACCGACAGCGGCCACAACUCCAGCUGCACUACCGGCCGCGGCCCAAGAAUUCUUGGAUGCACAUAACAAGGCAAGAGCUGAAGUGGGUGUUGGCCCUCUAAAAUGGAGUCCCAUGCUAGCCAAAGAAACUAGCCUUCUUGUUCGUUAUCAAAGGAACAAACAAAAUUGCAACUUUGCAAAUUUAACCAGUGGGAAAUAUGGUGGGAAUCAAUUAUGGGCUAGUGGUAUGGCCGUGACCCCACGUAUGGCUGUAGAUAAUUGGGUUGCUGAGAAGAAAUUUUACAACUAUGCUAAUAAUUCAUGUGUAGGAGAUCAUAAGUGUGGUGUUUAUACUCAGGUUGUUUGGAAGGAAUCAUUGGAAUUGGGUUGUGCUCAAGCUACUUGUUCUAACGGACCUUCUACUCUUACCAUAUGUUUUUAUAAUCCCCCUGGAAAUGUAAUAGGAGAGAAACCUUAUUAGUCUGCAAUUACAUGAUCUUUAAUAAUGUAACUUUUGUGUGGAAUUCAAGUUUUGUUGCUUUCAUUUAUAAUAAGUUGUCAUUGUGUUGGUUUGCUGGUA